AUGAAUCGUAGGGUGCGUCAAAGAGUGGAGGAACAUGGAAAGGAUAAGGUUGGUGGUGAUGAGGCUGUAGCACCAACGGUUAAUCAAGAAUCUAAAGAUUGGACUAGCAUGGCUAACGACAUCAUGCUUCAUGUGUUUACUCUCUUGGACUCUAGCGACCGAGCUAGCUUGGCAUCAACCUGUAAACCGUGGAGAGCCCUUGGUGCUUCUCCUCAUCUGUGGACUUGUUUGGAUAUUCGUUCCAACAAGUUUGAUCUAUCAGUGGCUGCUUCUCUUGCUGGUAGGUGUGGUGAUGAUCUCAACAAGGUUAGGUUCCGUGGCCUUGACUCUACUGCUGCCAUAUGUAAACUCAAGGCAAAGAAUCUGAAGGAGAUAGCCGCAGAUUACUGUGAGAAUCUGGCAGAUGCUACCUUGUCUAUGAUUGUUUCACUCCAUCAAGAUCUUGAGAGUGUCCAGCUUGGACCAGGAGCUUGUGAGAGCAUCACUAGUGAAGCUAUAAAGGUUAUAGCCUUGUGCUGUCCCAAACUCAAAAUGCUUAGGCUCUCUGGAGUGAAAGAUGUUACCACUAAGGCUAUUGUGUCUUUGGCCACACACUGCCCACUUCUUACUGAUGUUGGAUUCAUGGAUUGUCAGAACAUUGAUGAAGCAGCACUGGUGAAACUUGUGUCUGUUCAGUAUCUAUCUGUGUCCGGGACAGAAAACAUGAACUGGAGCGUUGCAGCUGCGAGUUUGGAGAAGCUUCCCAACUUAACCGGUUUGGAUGUGUCAAGAACCAGCAUUAACCAUGCGACGGUUUCAAGGCUGUUGAACUCAUCUAAGAGCUUGAAAGUUGUGUGUGCUGUGAACUGUCCAUUGCUUGAACGUUCUCUAGAGUUCAACCCUGAUACCUUCAGCGGAAAGCUACUGAUUGUUUUGCACAACAACACUUUGAAUGGGAUGGCUUCUCUAUUUGAAGCUAACUCAAUGAUGCCAAAGGAAGCAAUGCAUUGGCUUGAGUGGGUACUCUCUCACACUCUUCUACUCUUGGCAGAGAGCAACAAACUAGGAGUGGACAGUUUCUGGCAGAAGCAUGGAGGCAAGUUCUUUGUAAGGCUAAUGCAAAGCACACAAGAGGAUGUCCAAGAGAGAGCAGCCAGAGGACUUGCUGCUUUUACCCAAGUAGGUGAUGACUAUGCAAUCAUCUACAGUGAAAGAGCUGAGACAGUUUUGCAAGAUGGAGGCAUCCCAAUUCUGUUGAAACUUGCUGGAUCAUUGAAACAUGGUCUUCAGACAGAAGCUGCAAAGGCCAUUGCACACCUGUCUUUAAAUGCAGAUGUUGCAAAGGCUGUUGAUGAAGAAGGUGGGCUUAAAGUUCUUGUUGGUUUGGCUAAGUCUAGGAAUAGACUUGUGGCUGAAGAAGCUGCUGGUGCUCUGUGGAAUCUCUCUCUUGGAGACCCAUUUAAGGCUAUUGCUGAAGCUGGAGGAGUGAAUGUGUUAGUGAAGCUUCUCUCUAUAUGGCCAUAUGGCUAUGGUAGACUUCUGGAGCGUGUUGCUGGUGCAUUAGCUAAUUUAGCAGGAGACGAUAAGUGUAGUAUGGAGAUUGGAAAAGCAGGAGGUGUGCAUGCCUUGGUGAUGCUAACUCAAAACUGCAUGUAUGAAGGAGCACAAGCACAGGCGGCUCGUUGUUUGGCUAAUCUGGCUAUUCAUGAUGAUGGCAACAUUAACAAUGAUGCUAUUGGACUAGAGACUGGUGUCUUGCAAACACUUCUUCAGCUGACAAAAUCGAAUCAUGUUGGUCUUAAACAGGAAGCUGCUGGUGCUCUUUGGAGUUUGGCAUAUGAUGAUAAGAAUAGAGAAUUGAUUGCUGCACUUGGUGGUGUUGAAGUCUUGGUGGAAUUUGCAAAGUCCUGUGUUAAUGCAUCAAGUGGUCUGCAAGAGAAUGCAGCUGGUGCUCUUUGGGCUCUAGCACACUCUGAAGAACACAGCAUGGCAAUUGGAGAAAAAGGUGGUAUACCUCCUCUUAUUUUACUUGCAAGAUUUAACUAUGAGGCUGUACAUGAAACUGUUGCUGGAGCUCUGUGGAAUCUUUCUUUCAAUCAAAACAAUGCUCUCCGCAUUGUGGAGGAAGAUGGAGUUAAAAUGCUUGUUCGCCUCUGUACGUAUUCUAACUCCAAAUGGGCACGUUUCCUGUCAUCAUUAGCAUUAGCUUACAUCUUUGAUGGAAGGUUGGAUGGAUUUUUGAGGAAUACUCCGCCGAAAGUUACAUUAAAAAGGGUUUACGUGGCUGAUAAAAGAAGUGCGCUUAGAUGUAUUGAAAGUUACAUUAAAACUUUCAUGGAUCAACAAAUCUUUGAAACUGGUGAUGCUUCUUCAUCAACUACUCCACCUAUGUCAGCACAAGACUUGGAGAACAUUCGUAUCCAAGAAGCUGACAAUUUAAGAUGCAGUAGUGAAGAGAUUGGAAUGUUUGUUACAAUGCUGGGAAACCCUUCUCCUGUACUCAAAAAGUUUGCAGCCUUUGUGCUUCUCCAGUUCACAAUACCGGGAGCUAGCCAUGCCAAGCAUCAUGCAAGCUUGAUGCAGAACCGUGGAGAUGCUAUAGUCUUGCGUUCUGCUGCUGAUGAUACUGUGAACAUGCCUAGUGAGGCUAGAGAUUUUGUGGAAAACGUGCUUAGCAACCUGGAGCAUCAUCAGCCAUAAUGUUUAAAAGGGAAAAAAAAAGGAUUUAUUUCAUAAGAGUAAUUUAGCCUAUGUAAUUAGGCAUUUAUUUAGUGUUAUACAGAAUGUUUAUGUAACCAUAGACCUUCUUUUGUUUUUCAUUCAUAAAUUUCAA